AUGGUCGUAGAGAAGUCGUUGGUUGAGUUGCGAAGUGGUAAAGUUGUUACACCACGGUCUUCUCUGCGCGGCCUUGCUUGUCCACCGUACGAUGCCCAGGCGUUGGAUACAGUACAGAUCCCACUUGAACAUCUCCCGCGGAGGAAGGCGAAAAGUGUGGCAACAAAAUACAACAGGCGUGUGCACAAUUGCCUUAAGGAUGGUAUCUGGCAUGGUGUGCGUGCGGAGGACCAUCGGGAUAUUCUGCGUGGUAUUGUCAAUAUGAGUGGCGUCGGUAGAGGCUCCUUUGUUUUAGAUUGGGGGAGUGGAUGUGGACAGAGCAUGCAAUUCAUGUAUGAGGAAUAUAGUGUGAAGAGCGUUGGAAUAGACGUGGCGAAUGCAUCGAUCUUUUACGCGCGUUUGAUAACCUCUGAUGAUCUACUUCAUUGUGUAGCAGACGGGACAAACAUGAGUUGGAUUUUAUCGGAUUUUUUUGACCACGUCAUCAGUUUUGGGUCGAUGCGACAUGUGUAUAAUCAGACGCUUUUCUGUAAUGUGCUGAGACAGAUGCUACGUGUGGUGAAACCGCUGGGAACAGUCUACAAUGGCUGGAGUGAUGAAAAUGACUUUAAGCGAAGGCACGUGCCCUUGUGCCUUGCUGAUUUGCCUGUGACGUACAAAAUUGUGGAGGAAAAAGAAGCCUUUUCUCACAUCCGCGUAUUUCCUUUGAAGGCGAGGCAGUCGACACCCAGCACGUACUCUCUUGUGAUAACGAAGCAUUCAAGGGAGAGGACGGCACGGGUGCCGGAUAAAGUGUACAAUGACGUUGAGGCCAUGCCAUUCCGUUGUCAUGGGCCAAAAGGUAUGGACUGCGGCGCACAGAACGCGUCGGAGAGGAGGGAAACUUUUUUGCGGGAGGUUUUCAUAAAUGGCUCAGAACCGGUGGAGUGGCCUCUCUGUCCACCGUAUGAUCCUUCGUUCGAGUUACGACAAAUCCCGCUGAAACAUUUACCCCGGAAGAAGCCUACAAGUGUUUCACAGAAGUACGAUCGUCGUGCACACGGCUGCCACAAGGAUGGCAUAUGGCAUCGUGUCAACCUGAACGACCAUGAAGUCAUUCUGCGUGUGAUUGCGGGUUUGCUUAAUGUGAGAAAGAACGAUCGAUUGCUGGAUUGGGGCUGUGGAUGUGGUCACCACUUGCAGUUUAUGCAUGAUUUUUAUGGUGCCGUUGGGAUGGGGAUUGACAUCAGUAAUAAAACGAUUGAAUACGCCCGAAUGAUGACGACAAAACGAAAUCGCUACUGUGUAGCCGAUGGAACCCGCAUGGAUUGGCUGCCCUCAAAUUUUUUUGAUCAUGCGUUUAGUUUUGGCUCCGUUUACCAUGUGUACAAUGAAACCCUUUUUUGCAGUGUAUUGCAGCAGAUGACACGCGUUGUGAAGGCUGGUGGAAAGGUAUACAACGGAUGGACGGAGGAGUCGGAGUUUCCUCGCCAGAAAGCGCAGUUAUGCCUGACAGAGGUUAUCCCACCCAACUGCGUGCAAGUAGAAAUACUGGAGGAAGUACAACUGUUUAAACGCGUGAAGUUGUUUCCUCUCAAGGCGCGUAGGAGUGUACCCAAUACAUACUCGCUCCUCAUACAUAAGCUUCCGUCAUGUCAAGGCACCUAA